AUGACAAACGCAAGAAAAAUAUUUUUUUCAGACUUUAUUUAUGCCCUUUUUGACUUUGCCGAAACCAACAAUUCCAAUACCAAUUUGUCUGAUGCUGCUUUACGUUCACUCGUUUCUUUAGGCGUUAAAAAGCCUAAAAUGUUUAUAAAUGCUGUACAUACAUUUUUGCUCGAUAAUGGAAAAAAGAUGAAUGAAAAAGACAAAGCUUUUGCUUUUCGUUGUUUAACAAACGUUUUUAAUCAAGUGGACGUUGUUGAUGUUUGUGAUGAACAACAAAUUUUAUUAAUUGCUAAUCUUAGCACACAGGAAAUGAGUAUGGCUAAGGAUGUUGAAAAUGGACUUGCACAUGCGGCAAAAGACGUUUUUGUUUCUUUGGUUGGAAAAUCUGACAAAUUCGUUAAUCACGUUGUUGACUCUCUUUUACACAAAUUCCAACCUGGUUCAACUUCUCCUCCCCACAGAUUCAUUAUUUUGACAUUAUCAGAAAUUGCACAAAAGAAUCCUGAUGGUUUUUUGCCGUUUUUACAUGAUAUUCUUGCACGGACAGAUGCUCUUUUACCUCACUUAAAAAAUGACCAAAUCAAAAGUGCUUUUUGUCAGGCUCUUUGUUCUUUUGCGGAAUCUGUAAAAGAAUUUAUUUGGACACAAAAACGGCAAAAUAAUGAAAUGGAAAUUAAAUCUGACGAGUGUGUAGCAGUCGACGAAAGCGAAAUUAGUGAAAGUUAUGCUGACCAGUUUGAAACUGCUUACGAUGUUAUAAUUAAUUGGACUACUUCUUCAAAGGACCAUAAAUGUCGUGCUGAUGCUGCUGAAUGUAUAGGAAAGCUUUGUUUAAUGAUUGACCGUGAACGAAUAUUAAAAGAUUUGAAACGUUUGGACACUAUAUUUCGUUCAUUACACAAAAAGGCUUUAAAUCCUGAAGAGCAGUUAGCUAUUACAAUGGUUUUAUUUUUAAUUUUGAGGGAAAUUAUUGACAAUUUUUAG